AUGAAGCCAUUGGAGGCAGCCCAUGGCGGAGCGCAGGCACCUUCAGCUGGACGUCGAUAUAUCGGAUGUGAGGAACAUAUGCAGGAUGCAGGCACCUCGGUGCCAUUUGCUGGAAGACAUGGCUGUGGAAGGCGACACCUUCCUGCCCACCAGGACAACCUGAACCACCUGAACCUCUUCAAGGAGCAGAAGGAGCAGAGCCCUCCUGAUGAGCGACUUUGGAGUCGGAAUGGUCCGUUGCCGCACCAGUCCCCUCCCAGGCAACCCUCUCCCACAUCCUGGGAAGGCUACGCAUGUGCGGAAUCUGCAGAGGUGAGGAUACCUUCACCUUCUGAGAUGAAGGACUCCCUGAAGGAAUGGCUUCGUGAAAGCCAUAAUCUCGAGGUCGGUGACGUCGCCAAAUGGAAUGAAGUGGCGGUGGAGAAAAACGGCAUGUUCUGGAUCGCCUUUGCACUGAACUCGAAGGGUAUAUCGCUCUCACGAGAGGGCCCAUCAGCCAGAGCUCUGGCGCAGAAGCUGUCGACGCUGCCGGCCACAGAGCUGCGGCAUUUUGGGCUUCGCUUUCAAGCACCUCAAAGUCAGGAGAUCCGGAGUGCAAACAUGUCUCUCCAAUCUUCAGGUGUUCAUGAGAGCCUUGGAUCAAGGGCCGGCCCUGCUGAUGGUAUCUCAUACACACUCCAGGAUGCGGAGACCUCCAACGCUGCAGGUUCACGCAGAACUCGGAGCCCGGAGGACGUUCGCAAGCGGUACAUAGCCUCCGGCAAGGACAACUUCAGCGGAUUGGGCCAGGCGCAAGUCGAAGCUCCUCAGGGAGGGCGCCGGUUCAUUGAAAUCAGGGACAACCUGACAAGCGGUGCGACGCUCAAAGAGAAUGGCGAGGACAGCCGGGCUUUCUUGCCUCGGAGGGCUGGGCAUGCGCUGAACCAGGGCAGUCCCUUGUGGUGA